AUUCCACUAUGGAGGCGGGUACGCGCAACGGUUUCUGCCCAAACUCGAGCACAAGGAGAGAACAGCCUCCGGACCGCUCAGCGCUACGCCGACACUAUAAUGUCUCAUCUGCCGUCCAUCAGCAAACACUGUUUCGUCUUCCAAAGCAGCACAGGAGUGUACAACAUGUUUUUGGACCAUUCUAGUAACCAGCUCUAGAUAUUCGUGCUGUAUUUGAUCAAGUGUCGAUUCGACUUAUUUCCGUGAGAGGACUGGAGAAACCCACGCACAGGUUCUGAAAAUGGCGAGCAGGUACCUAGUGCUCUUUGCCUUGGGGACUGCAGUGAUUGCCAGUGUUCAGUCCUGCCCUGAGCAGUGCAUCUGCUCAGAUAAAACCACCCAUCACUUUGUGGACUGUGCUUACAAAGACCUUCUCCUGGUUCCUGUGGGUUUGCCAUCCAAUGUGACGACUCUCAGCCUUUCAGCAAACAAGAUCCAAGUGUUAAAAUCCAAAGGUUUUGUGCAUGUCACGCAGGUGACCUCUCUUUGGCUUGCCCACAAUGAAAUUGUUACCAUUGAGAGAAAUGCACUGGCCCCGAUGUCCCAGCUAAGGAACCUGGACCUAAGCCAUAAUAGAAUUGCGAAUUUUCCGUGGGAGGACCUUGCCAACCUCACUGCUCUUCAGCUGCUGAAGAUGAACCACAACGACAUGGUCAGCCUGCCUAAGGAUGCUUUCACUAACCUGAAGGACCUGCGUUCUGUCCGCAUCAACAACAACAAGUUCACUACCAUCGUGGAAGGGACCUUUGAUGCUCUCACCGCCAUGGUGCACCUUCAGAUUUAUGCCAAUCCUUUCUCCUGUUCUUGUAAACUGGAAUGGAUGAAGGAUUGGAUCACACAGUCUAAGAUCUCCAUCCCAGAGCAGAACAACAUUUUGUGUGAUGCGCCUGACCAUUUAAGAGGUGUUGAGGUUACUAAAAUGCCAAAACUGGAGUGUCAAGCCCCAACUGUUACUAUAACCUAUCAGCCCAACAUUGAAAGCACAGAAAUAUAUGAGGGAUACAUGGUCAUCUUGAACUGUGAAGCUAAAGGGGCCCCAAAACCUGCCAUUGAGUGGGAAAUAUUUGCUGGAAACCAACUAUUAACAUUCACAUUGCCCUCCAUUGUUGAAAAAAGUGAGGUUCCUAUUAAUGGGCCACCCACUAAUACAAGGUUCCUCAUCUUCCAAAAUGGCACACUGAUCAUUCCUCGUAUGAGCAAAAAAGAAGAUGGAAACUACAGCUGCUCUGCGACCAAUGACAUGGGCAAAGCUGAAAGCACAGUAAAACUCACUAUGGCUGGUACCAAAAAACAUGCUAUCAAUUCCAUACUGGACACCAAAGCAGGCAUUAGUUCACCUGGAAGCAAGCCUGGGCCAAAGAGCUCCAAAAACAGCGUGAUCAGUACUUGGCCCAAAUAUGAGAAGACCAAAAUCCUCCCUACUGGAACAUCAUCCAUCACUGGACAAGUUGAUGAAGGCUCUGAUACUUUUUCAUUCACCAGCAAGUGUGGAAUAAAUGACGGCACACAGUACAUCUCUAACCAUGCUUUUAACCUGAGUUUAGAUGAUCUUAAACAGUAUACCUUUGAUUUUGGGGUGAUUGCGCUGGAGGUGUCUGAAACUGAGGCUAAAGUCCAGCUCAACCCCCUGCAGAUGGCCAGUGCCAAAUCUAACCUUCACCUCAACCAACCCCAAGACCUAGAAACUGUGAACAAGGAGGCGUUCAGUCUUUACCAGACCUCACCCAAGAAAUCCCCUAUGGACAUGCUGUAUGUCUGCGUUAGCACCGGCAAUGGACAUUCAGUGGUGCAGUGGUCCAAGAUAGAAGAAGGUGUCAACACUUAUCGCUUCCAGGGCUUACAGCCAGGCACUAAUUACACCCUGUGCCUUACGUAUGGGGGUCAGGACUGUCAGGUCCAAGUGGUCUUCACAACAAGGAAGAAAAUCCCGUCUUUGCUUAUCAUAGUGGUGGUCAGCAUUUUCUUGCUGGCUUUGGCCACGGUGCCCCUGCUGGGUGCCACCUGCUGUCACCUGUUGUACAAGUAUCAAGGCAAGACCUACAAACUGAUCAUGAAGGCGCAGAACCCGGAUCAGAUGGAGAAGCAUAUAGCCACUGAUUUUGACCCAAGGGCGUCUUUCGUGGAAUCAGAGAAGAACUUCAACCCAAGCGAGCUUGGUGAGGGAGAGGGAGAAGCUGGUGCUGAGGAAGGAGAAGGGGAAGGGGAAGAGGUCGAGGGCAGCGUGGUGGCCGAGUCUAUUCCUGAGUCGCAGUCCAAAACUCAGGAGGAAUUUGAAGUGGGCUCUGAGUAUAGCGACAGGUUACCUUUAGGGGCUGAGGCAGUGAAUAUUUCUGAGGAAAUAAACGGCAACUACAAAGAACCGCGCUGAAAGUACAAGAGAGUCUGAGGGACGGUGUGUACAGUAGUUACUUUCGAACACAUUCCAAACCAGGUAAAGAAAACAUCUGAAGUUGUUACUGUUCCCUGAAAAAGGUGAAGUUUUACCUCAGCAAUCAAGCAACAAAUGUAUAUAUUUGGUAUCGCAGACGAGGCUCCUGAGCUGUAUUUACAGCCUGCAGCUGCGAACAAAGGAACUACUCCAACAAACCUCAGACUGAGUCCAGCCAUCUCCCCCAAAGCCGUAGCGUCCGUGCAUACAUGUGUAGACUCACCGUAGCGGUCAGUAACUCAUUGAAACGCCCUGUAAACUAGGGCGCAACGCUGUGGUCAUCCGUAGUGGUCAUCUACAUUCAGAGCGAGCGCGUGCUGAAGAGAAUUCCACUUUCACUGUACUCACGACCUGUGUCUGUUAAAAACGAGUAAAAAGCAGGUGAUUCCAUGUUUGAUGUGAGAGCCCACAGUGAGACCGGGCGCUGCUCCUUUCUGACUGAGUGAACUGAGUGUCCUUUCCUCUGCUGUGAGAUUUGACCGUGUUCGUGGCAUGUUACACGUACGUGUUUUCAAGUGUGUUUAUUAGCUAUAGGACGGUAGAUAUCCUCAGUGUCGGUAUGUGGUGUAACGGCCAGUAAACUGAAAAAAAAGAUGUGCUCUUUUUUAAUAUUGCUCGCUGGUUCUCGCCGUCGGUGUGGGCAGCGAGGGUCCUGUACAUUUUUGGUGAUUUCUUGUCGAACACUGUUCAGUUAUGUUGUUAAAAAAAAUCUUCGACCCUUCAAAUAUUUUGAUAUGAUUUUAUGUACGUGAACUUAAUAAAAAUGGUGAAAGACCGGA